GUGCUAUCAACUAUUUAGUUAAAACACUUUGCAGUUCGUAGAAAUAUUUUUCAGGACCACAAGAACGAAAACAAAUCGCUGCACGGAAAACACAACCCGCCGGAUAUGGCCUCCCGGAUGCUCUUGUCGCCGGCCCGCCGGAUGGUCAGCUGCCACCGAUCCAUCAGCACGCAGGUGCUGGCCAGUCGCUGUGCCGUGAUUAAGGAUGAAAUUACCCACACAGGACAGUUCUACGAGGCUGGUGACUACCGAAAUGCCCGCUUCGUCAAUGCAACCAAGGUGGUAAACCCCAACUGGGCCGUGAAACUGAUUGACGAAACGCCAAUCAUCAAAUCAUCGCAGCGGGUUGUCUGCUGUGAUGGUGGUACCGAUCCUGCCCUCGGCCAUCCGAAGGUGUACAUCAAUUUGGAUAAACCGGGAGCUCACGCAUGCGGUUACUGUGGUCAGCGAUUCGAGAAGGAGGACCAUCACCACUGAAAAUUUCUCCCGUUCUAAUUCAUAAUGCCAGCAGGAAGCCGCGGGCCGUUGUUGUCACCCGUUAGUCAAAUAAACGAGGAACCCUGAUAUCGAACCUUCGAA